AAACUGUCCUCGGAGAGACCAAGCUCGGACGGGGAGGGUGUCGUGGAGAAUGGAGUCGCCGUGUGUAACGGGAAAGAACAAGUCAAGAGGAAAAAAAGUUCCAAAUCAGAGGGCAAGGGGACUGUAUCUAAAGUCACUGGGAAGAAAAUCACCAAGAUCAUCGGUUUAGGAAAGAAAAAGCCGUCGACCGACGAGCAGACCUCCUCCGCCGAGGAGGACGUGCCCACCUGCGGCCACCUGAACGUGCUCUCCAACAACCGCUGGCGGGAGCGCUGGUGCAGGGUCAAGGACAACAAGCUCAUCCUGCACAAGGACAGGACCGACCUGAAGACCCACCUCGUGUCCAUCCCUCUCCGCGGCUGCGAGGUGAUCCCGGGGCUGGACUCCAGGCACCCGCUGACCUUCCGGCUGCUCCGCAACGGGCAGGAGGUGGCCGUGCUGGAGGCGGCGUCCUCAGAAGACAUGGGCCGCUGGAUCGGAGUCCUGCUGGCGGAGACGGGGUCCUCCACAGACCCCGGCGCCCUGCACUACGACUACAUCGACGUGGAGAUGUCGGCCAACAUCAUCCAAACGGCCAAGCAGACCUUCUGCUUCAUGAACAGACGUGUCAUCUCCACCAACCCCUACCUCGGGGGCACCCCCAACGGCUAUGCCCACCCCAGCGGGACGGCGCUGCACUACGACGACGCCCCCUGCGUGAACGGCUCGUUGAAGAGUAAAAAGCCCCCCCUCGCAUCCAGCGGGGCUGCAGGAAAAGGCAAGACCCUGAGCAGCCAGCCCAAGAAGGCCGAGCCGGCCGCCGGCGUGAGGCGCACGCCUUCCA